AAGAGAAAGAAGAAUUAUCGGACGAAAUGCCACAGCCGUUUGAAAUGUCACGGGAAAAUUUCAAGUAAAUUGCAUAAAAAGCUGCGGAUGGCAGUGGUGAGAUCGAGCAAAUUGAAACGCGAAUUGACAGCUGCGAGGAAAGCGUUGAAAAACAAAUCAGAGAUGUACGAAUCGAUCAGCAAAUGCUUCGACGAGUUGAAACGCGAUAUGAACAUCACCGAGAUGAAUUUGAACAAGCUCAUUUCGGAGAAUCUUUCGUUAAGAAAAAAGAUAGAGGACACCAGGGAUUGGAUAGAGGAACACGGUGUAGCGAAGGGGCAGAACGCUUCGAAUUUUUUUCGCGAUCUCCAUCGAAAUCGAGAAUUGAAGAAUUUAAAGAAGAAAAUAGAAGAGGAUAAAACAAGGAUCGAUCAGCUUCGAGAAAGAUUAACCAGAUCGGAAUCGGCGAACGCCAAUAAAGGGUUUCUACUGAACAGCUACAAAAGCCAGUUAACCGAUUUGAACAAAGAAAAAACACAACUCGUUACGAAGAUAAGCAACUUAGAAAACGAGAUCUCUCUGCUUCGAAUCAAUAAUUCGCAAUUAAAAUCAAAAGAUAAACUGCAUUCCGAGUACGAGAAAUCCAAGACAGAUUUAACAGAAAAGACGAUAGAACGAGAAACCGAAAUUAUUAAAGGCAAAUACGAAGAAACGGUUAAAUCCAUGAAAACAAAGAUAGUAGAUAUUUCGAAUGAGAACCUAGAAUACUCGAAAGCGAUAAAGGUACGCGGCUACAUGGUUACAAAUAGAUCGUUUAAAAUACUAAACAUAGAAUAG